AUUGAGAGUUGGAUUGAGCGCGCACUAUAUGACUGUGGUGGAAAUGGCGUUACAUUCAAGUAACUUACUAGACUGGGUAGCUUUAAGUAAUUGAUGGCAUGUCAGCGUGAAUUUUUCAUGGUUGCAACUGAUUAUUGAUGAUCUAGUUUAUUUUGCAAAGUUCCAUGCCUCGUUUGUCUUUACUAACUGUCUUCCCAGGUGUUUUUCAUUCACAUUUAUCGACGCUGUCAGUCGUAUCUAGUUUACCAUUAGACGAAAAGAUUACUACCUCAAAAGAUGCUGGACUUCACUUCUGGUUGAAUCGUUCUUCUGACUUGAAUUUCUCUGAUACCGAUGGAUUUAAUAAUACUGAUGUGGCUAACGUAUCUUAUGGCUUUAGAAGAUUGUAUAGCUCUACUGAUAACAUGGUCUCUAUUCGAAAUCAGGAUUCAUCGGAUGCUACUGAGUUACCAAAUCAUCAACACUAUGUUGGAAUAAUAUCUAAUCAAGCCAAUAACAAUGUUAUUUCAGACAAGUCAGGGGGAAAAAUUAUGUUUGAAGUUGUAACUGCCGCGACAGCAUCUGAAGAAGCUUUUCUGAACCGUUCGUCUGUUUUGUUUGUGGCUGUUUCAUUCAUUCUUCUUAUGGUUAUCAGUUUGGCAUGGCUUGUGUUUUAUUAUGUACAGCGAUUCAGAUACCUCCACAGUAAAGAGCGAGUUUCUAGAAGACUCGCUGAAUUGGCUAAAAAGGCUGUUGCACGGAUACCCAUCAAAACACUACAUCCUGGCGAUCGGGAAAUAACCGCAGAAUAUGAACAGUGCGCAAUAUGUAUCGAAGCUUUUAGACCUAUGGAUAAUCUUCGUAUUCUGCCAUGUCGCCACUAUUUUCACAAACUCUGUAUUGAUCCUUGGCUUCUGGAGCAACGUAGUUGUCCGAUGUGUAAACUGGAUAUUUUGCAAGCGUACGGUUUCCGUGCAGAGUUAUUUUGCAGCUAUGCCAACUUGGACAAUUUGACUAGUCGAGCAAUUUCAGUAUCAGGCCCAAUAUCAGCUGUUUCUUCAGUUUCUACAACUUCACCUGGUCUAGUAACAGGCAGUUUAUCAAAUUCAGGGCUGGAUGAUGAUGUUUCCAUGAUGGAGAGUGUAUCUUUAGUAACUAGUCAACCACAGGCUAUAAGUGAUCUUUUAACAGUUACAUGUGGACCUCCGUUAACUUAUGUUGUACUCACUGGUACAAAUGGGGCUGCUAAUGCUGCCGAUUCAAUAAUAAUUCAUGCCCAGUCAUGCUCUAAAACCAAUGAACAGUCGAAUGUCACGAAUUCAAUUUCAUCACAUUUUGUUCAAAAUAGUAAUAUGACUUUACCCACUCACAGUGUGACAAAUAGUAUCACCAUUCCAUUAUUAUCAAAUUUAUCAUUUUCUCCCAACCAGUUGGCUGGUUCAUCUAUGUGGAGCACAAAUCUUUUACCAGUAUGUGUAGUUACGUCUGUUAAUUCAUCUGAGUCAUAUCAAGCAAGAGCAAUUAUGGUUUGUGAAUCAUUUCUUGGAAAUCUUCUUAGUCAAACAUGUUCUGUUGUGACUGCAGCGGUUAGUUCACCGACUGUUCAUUCCAUUGAACAUUCAGUUGCAAUGUCUAUGAAUACUAAAGAGGCCGGAACUUCGACUACCCAAUCUCUCAUGGGUCCACUAUGCUCAACUGCACUUGAUUCAGAGAUUUCAUCCAUUCAUCCAAUGAAUAUCAUGUGCACUAAUUGUCCUGAUCAGUUUAUGACUUCGCAGAUUAACAAUAUAUCUGUAGAAAACUCAAGAACAGCUUGUCCAACCAGUUAUUCAAACAGUUUCAAUUCAUCCCAAUACUCUGUCAAUCCGCAUAAUUGGCAGAUAAUAAACCUACGCAAAAUAAUACAUCCUAAUAAAUCUCUUAGUAAUAAUGUCCCUUCUAGAAGUGAUCACUCGUCAAUCACUUUAUUUCGCAAUUGGCUGUCUAGUCAUUGGCGUAAUACAUUUUCUCGUCCUCGAUCUAACAGGAAACGAUGUAACCGUCUUUCAUAUCAUACUCCUUCUUAUUAUACCGUUACGUCUACAUCAUCAGCAAGUCACGUUGUGAAUACAGAUGAGCUUGAUCAGAGUAAAUCUAAUCUAAUUACAGCUAAACGACAAUCUACAAGCGCAGUUACUACAAAGGAAUGCUAUGUAACUGCUGUUGUCGAAGAUGUACCUUCAGAAACAGGCAAUAGUUCUACAUUAUCCGAAUCUGUAAAUAUACCAACUUCCGACUAUCCUAUCAUAACACAGUCGGUCAACACUGUUUCUGUUAACACUGGUUCUCAUACAACAGCUGACAUAGUGUUUCCUCAGUAGCAUUCAUUCCAAUAUGUUUUUUUUAUUCGUAAUUCUCUAUUUGAAAUAUUUGUUGCUUGUAUUUUCGCGUAAUUUAACUUACACUAUAUUUCCCAUAAGUCAGUCGAACUAAUGUGUACAUUAUAAAUGGUAAAUACAGUUAGAACGCUCAUAUUUUAUCUAUUUCUUCUAAUUUCUUCAUUUUAAUAUACUGAAAACACGACUACCGAUAAUAUUGGAAAUACUACUUAUUGCAUUUUGUUCCAGUAUAUGUAUAGAUAUGUAUGUAUGGGUGUUUUGCAAUGUAAUCUCUAAUUUAUCGCUGUUGAGUGAUAAGCUGACAUUCACUACUCAUGCUUUAUUGGUUGACUGACAAACAUGCUUAUUUUUAUGAUAUGCAUUUUCUCUUUAAUCUUAUGUUGUUUUUUCCUGUGAAAUGUGCUUAUUCAUUUUACUACUUAUUUUUGAGUAGUUAAUUAUGUCUACUUUUCUUCAAAAAAGUGUUGAAUUUAAUUUCACAUAAAUCAUAUUUGUAUGUAAUAUCUUUUUUUUAAAUAAUGUAUUAUUUGAGUUUGUUGCUGGCGCGAAGUUUAUGUGGGCUUAUCCGAUCUUAUCCUUACUCACAUAAGAUAUACUUACGUGCAGUUGAUGAGGACUUAUUUUCCUACCCUUAGACUUCAUUUUCUCCAUAUUUGCUUUUCUGGUAUAAAAUAAGUAAAUAAAUAUCGAUAACCCGAGGACUAAUUUAGUUCAUUUGUACCCUAUUCCAUUUGACUGAGUACUAUCUGCAUAUCUUUCAAAUGUUGGUUAUUUUCUCUUUCGUAGUUUUCUGUUUGUUUUUAUCUUCAAACGGGAAAAUUAUUCUUCUUUUCAAGAAAUAUACAUUUGCAUGUGUACAGCUUAGAUGAAUAUUCUCUCUUUCAUUACUUUAUUGUAAUUAUUGCUUCAGGAGAAGAAAGAGAGAGCGAGAAAGUUCUUUUUGAAGAAUAGUUGUAAUUGACUUAUGUUCUCACUGUUUUCUUACACUUGUUUUGUCCGUUCGUGCAAUUUAAUCUCUUCUGUAACAAAAUAUGUUAUUUUAGCAUCAAUUAACUAGUAUAACAGUAGAUCUAUUGUAAACUGAUUUAUUGUUAACCAUCAAUAUGUGUAUGCGAACUACAAGGACUUAUGUUGUCGUGGAAAAGAAGUAACAAGGAAGAAGUGUUGUGAAUAGAAAUAUAAAAUAUUUGUGUUAACAUACGUCUUUAUCACUGAUAUUGUUCGUAAUUGAGUUGAAAAACAUGUCAUUCAAAGAGAUCAAAUUGUUUACUUAGCUCUUUGGGUUUUCGUGUCGAGAAGAAAAUUGAUAUCGUAAAGCUUAUAAACGCUGCAUAUCCAAGAGAAUGACCCCACAUCUCUCGAAAUUCGAACCUCCGUUGUUCACAGCUGUGGACAUUAUGCCAGUGGCAGAUCAUAUGGAUGUAUAUUAGAAUGCACCAUCCUUGAAAGUGUAGGUGCUAUUUCAUAUCAAUUUGUCAGAGUUUAGUUAUCAGUAGUGGAAAGUAGUAUGCAGUUUAGCCUAAUUAUAUAGUCACUACUCGCCUCAUUCUUUGUGAGCACAAAUAACAAUCAUUUAACAUCGGAGUAUCACCCUGAUGCUAAUAACCCAUAAAUGUAUCACGCCAACGACUUAAUUUUUUUUGACAUAUUUGCAAUGGCAUAUUCGAGCCUCACAAAAAAGUACAUCAACUUUAAUCCCUACAUCUCACAGCUGCACAGAGAUGAAGAAUCAACAGAAUUGCUGAGAUACUAAGACGACCAAAAAGUCUAUGAGAAGAGGAAGCUUAAAGAAAUGAAUAUAUUUAUUGCAGUGAGGUCAAUUUUAAGCUAUCUUCGACGACUACCAGGGAUUGAUGUAUAAACUCUUAAAGACAUAUGUUAACCUAAUAAACUCUGAAUAACUGUGCCUUCAUUAAAACUGAUAUCGUGAUUUAGUCUGAAAAUCAAUAACUUUUCUCCAACUUAAUUCUACUGCAAUCAUUUCAGUUAUCUUUGAAUAGUUUCAAUAUUUCCUCAAAAAAGGAUUCUGAUACUUUCAAGCCUAAAAAUAACUCAUGAUUUAGAUUAUUUCGAAAAUUAAAUAAACAUAUUGAGAUGUGUAUCUAUUCCAUUUUGUUGUUCAUUUUAUCUUUGACUAGAAAGUUUUUGUUUCAUUCUGAAAGAUAAAUACCAUCUCUUUAAACCUGUGAUAUUUUGAAAAAAAUUAGGGAUUUAAUAAGGCGUAGGCAAAAUCUUAGUUGGAAAAAUGUAGACUGUGUUGUGAACAACAAUGUCACAAAAUAUCUAUAGAACGUUUUUCGGCUGAUUGAAAUAAACAAUUAUGGUAAAAUCAAUGCAAUGAGAUUGCGUGGUUCUGUUUUCUGAUGGAUUAUCUUGUAUAUUUACGUUAUGAUUAUUAGAUUUUCUCCAAAAUCUAGCCUUUGGUCGUGAAUGUUUGUCACUUGAAUUACUGAUGUUUCACUGCAUUCAUAUGUACUCAGUUCUUCUAAAGUCAAGAUUAUGUUUAGUCUAACUCAUUUAUUGGUUAUACUUUCGACAAUUAAAUCUUUUUUUAACAUUGAAAAACUUUGUGAAGAGAUUCGUUUUACAUAUUCUCUCACUCUGACUUGCCUCCUCAUUUCACAGCAUGAAACAGUAACAUUCCAUUAAAGGUUAUCGUGAUUUAUUGUAUUGUCACAAUAUGCUAUAAAUUUGAUUGUAAUUAUCCCUGUUCUACAUAUCCUGAUAUCAUUGCAUCUAAGAAGAGUAGUUUUUCGGCAUCAAACGUAAUCUUUUGAAAAACAUUAUGGUUUUGUUUAAGAAAAUUGUUAUUUGAAAUAUUUUGACGUUGUGAAAGGUCAAAUAUAAAGACGGUAAGGUAUC